CCGCACCGGGCAUCUGACCCUCGCAGCUCUCGCACCACAUGCUCUCUCUGUCUGCGAGUCGCGCGCCCUCUCUUUCCUCGCUCGCUUCCUCUCUCUCUCCCCUUCCACCUUCUCCCACCAUGGCCGCCCUCCAGUUCGCGCCGUGGUCCUCGGACAUCGAGCUGCCCUUCUUCGCCAGCCUCGCCAACAUCAAGCUUAACCAUGACAAGCUCGACGACUCGGCCCGCAAGAUCCUGGGCUUGUACGAAGUCCGCCCGACGGACGCGCCUGAGCGCUCCAGUCGCAUGCAGAUUCUCGCCUCUGCCCUCCACUGCGAUGAGGCCCCGGCCGGCUACUAUCGCGCCGACGGCAUCAUCAAGAACGUAAACACCAUCGAGGAGUACCGCAACUUUGACCGUUCCGCCGCCAUCGAGCGCGCCGGCCGCAUCGUCUGGGACGCCAUCUGCGACGGCACCAUCUACUCCUGCCCCUCGUUGCUCUCCUCCUUCACCGUCAUCUCCUACGCCGACCUGAAGAACUACAAGUUCACCUACCACUUCGGCUUCCCCGCCAUCCACUCGGACCCCACCUGGAAGCGCGUCGGCGAUUCCUUCAAGCUCAGCGACAAGGAGACGACGGGCCUGGUCGACUCGGUACAGACGUGGAAGUACAGCGUGGACUCGCGCCAGCAUGGCUUCUUCCUUGCCAAGCGUGUGCGCAAGCAGCAUCUGUCCACCGAGGAGGGAGAGGACGAGCGGCCCAAGUCUCCCCAGACCCCCGGUGCCAUGGACGAGUACGGCUACGCGUGGGCUGUCGGCGCGCUCGGUGCGUACGAACAGGGCUUCUUCAACGACACCGACUUGCAGGACCGCUUCGUGGGCUUCGCCGACCCGUCGACGUACCAGUCGAAUCCCGGCUGGAUGCUGCGCAACCUGCUCGUACUGAUCCGCCAGCGCUGGAGGUUGAACGACGUCCAGAUUCUUUGCUACCGUGACACCCACCGCGGCCGCGACCGCGCCCAGAGCAUUAUCCUAAACCUUCAGUGCCCGCAGCCGGCUACCGUCGAGAUCGACACUUCGCUGAGCGCCGCCGGCACUUCUCCCCGCCCGCGCACCCCCAAGAUGCCCAAGGUCACCGGGUGGGAGCGCAACGAGGCCGGUAAGCUGACCAGCCGCCUGAUCGACCUCUCGGCCUACAUGGACCCUUCGCGCAUGGCGGACUAUGCAGUCGACUUAAACCUGAAGCUCAUGAAGUGGCGCAUUGCGCCAUCGCUGGACCUCGAAGUCAUCAAGAACACCAAGUGUCUGCUGCUGGGCGCCGGGACGCUCGGGUCCUACGUCUCGCGCAACCUGAUGGGCUGGGGCGUGCGCAAGAUCACGUUUGUCGACAACGGGCGCGUCAAGUACUCGAACCCGGUGCGGCAGCCGCUGUUUGACCACAAGGACUGCCUCGAGGGCGGCGCGCAAAAGGCGUACCGCGCGGCCGAGGUGCUGCAGGAAAUCUACCCGGGCAUGGACGCGACCGGCUUCGUCAUGUCGGUGCCCAUGGCCGGCAGCCCUGUGCUGGAGGAAGAGAAGACGCGCCAGGACUUUGAAGUACUGAAGAAGCUGAUUGACGACCACGACGCGAUUUUCCUGCUGAUGGACACGCGCGAGAGCAGGUGGCUGCCGACGGUCAUGGGCAAGGCCGCGGGCAAGAUUGUCCUGAACGCGGCGCUGGGCUUCGACUCGCUGGUCGUGAUGCGGCAUGGGCUGAAGCCCGGCGGGCCCGGCGAGGAGGAAAUGGGCUGCUACUUCUGCAACGACGUGGUUGCGCCAGCCGACUCCCUCAAAGACAUCACCCUCGACCAGCAGUGCACGGUGACGCGCCCCGCCGUGGCGCCCAUCGCGUCGGGCCUCCUCGUCGAGCUCCUGGUCAGCUGCCUGCAGCACCCGCUGCGCGCGCACGCGCCGGCCCCGAGCCCCAGCACCGCGACAGCGGACCCGAGCAACCCGGGCCCGGGGAGCCUGCGCAGCAAAGGCGCGACGGAGGCGAGCAUAGCGGCGUCGGCGACGCCCGUGCCCGUGGCCUCGACCAACGCGCCCUCGCCGUUCAAGCACCCGCUCGGCCUCAUCCCGCACCAGCUGCGCAUGUUCAUGUCGACGUUCAGCCUGCUGUCGAUCCGGGGCCAGCCGUACGACUGCUGCAGCGCUUGCAGCGACCGCAUUGUGGACAGGUACAAGAGUGAGGGGUGGGCGUUUGUGAAGCGCGCGCUUGGUGAACGGGGGUUCGUCGAGGAGGUGAGUGGGUUGGCGGAGGUGCAGAGGCGGGCGGAGGAGGUGGCAGGCGCGGUUGAGUGGGAUGACGAGGACGAUGAGUUGGGUGGUGGUGGGGGAACGGAUGAUUUGGAGGGCGAGCCGGAGCUGUUGUGAUGGGGGGUGGUGUGGUGGUGUGGUAAUGGGGAUUGGGCGUUUUUGUUGUUUGUUGUUUCGUCUUUUCGUUUUCUUGAUUUGGGCGAAGAUAUGGAUGGGUGGAUGGGUGGGUGGGUAGGUAGGUGGGCGCUUGAGGUGUAUGAUUGAUUGAGUGAGUGAUUGAGUGAUUGAUUGAUUCCCUGAUGGAUAGAUGGACGAAUGGAUGGAUUGAACUGAACUGAAUUGAAUCUAACAAGACAGAUGAUGGAAUCAUGUCAAUCGAUGAUGGAUUUUUUUUUUUUUUUUUUUUUUUUUUUUUU